CCGGGCCGGGGUCCGGAGCAGAACCACCGCCCGAUGGCUGAGAGGCGAUGGUUUUGUUUGCUUUUGGCGUUGCCUCGCUGCAGACGGAUGGGUUCUUGCCAUCUCCUGCGUGGUGUUGCCCAAAUAAACUCUCUCGUUGUCGGCCUCAGCGCGCCGUGCCCGGUGUGUCUGUGCGGUGCCAGAAGUUGUGAAUUGCUCUCGGUGCGUAGGGAGAGCGCAGUGGAGCAGGAGGGAUCUUCUCCUUAGGAGACAGGUUUGGGUGUCUCCUAAUUGAAGAGAGUUGAAAUAUUGAUUGCAAGUGAAUCCUCAGUCAGCCUCUUGGAUGCCUCUGAUAACUUAAGAAGUCAUGGCAGAAAAUGAUGCAAUGCCAACCUUACCAAAAAAGUGUGGCCCAUACAUUUCAUCCGUAACCAGUCGUGGCAUGAAUUUGGUAAUUCGUGGUGUAGUGCUGUUUUUUAUUGGUGUAUUUCUUGCAUUAGUAUUAAACUUGCUUCAGAUCCAGAGAAACGUUACUCUCUUCCCCCCUGAUGUGAUCACAAGCAUCUUCUCCUCAGCUUGGUGGGUACCACCUUGCUGUGGCACAGCAUCAGCUGUGAUUGGGUUAUUGUACCCCUGCAUGGACAGACAUCUGGGAGAGCCACAUAAGUUCAAGAGAGAAUGGUCCAGUGUCAUGCGAUGUGUAGCAGUCUUUGUGGGAAUAAAUCAUGCCAGUGCUAAGGUGGAUUUUGCCAACAAUAUCCAGCUGUCUCUCACGUUGGCAGCCCUGUCCAUUGGGCUGUGGUGGACCUUUGACAGGUCACGAAGUGGCUUUGGUCUUGGAGUAGGAAUUGCUUUCCUGGCCACGUUGGUGUCGCAGCUUCUGGUCUACAAUGGAGUUUAUCAAUACACAUCCCCAGACUUCCUCUAUGUCCGUUCCUGGUUGCCAUGUAUAUUUUUUGCUGGUGGAAUAACAAUGGGCAAUAUUGGCAGGCAGCUGGCAAUGUAUGAAUGCAAAGUCAUUGCAGAGAAGUCUCACGAGGACUGAGAAGAAACAAUAUGCACCUUUUAAACAGGAAAAUGUCUGACAAAUGACUGUUGAGGAGCAUGAGGAACACUUGACUAUGAAAUUGCCAAAAUGCAAUUUUUUUCCCUUGAGUGGUAUACUUUACUGCAAUCUGUGAUUGCUGCUUCUAUAGAAACCUUGAUGUCUGAUUUUGAUUACUGUGAAGUUACAAUAGUAUGCAAUAUAUUUGACAAUAUUGGUUCAAUUUAAGGAUUCUUUUUUCCAAAUCUAAACAGUUUACCAUAAAAUCCUGUCUGUCUGUAAUGUUACAGUGCCAAACUGAACCUUUGCACUAUGUUUCUGUAGCUGGAACUUCUUGAUUCACUUUAUCUUGAAAGUUUUGAGGAAUUUGUUCUUAACAGCUAGUAAAAGACAGAGAGGGUUCGUGUUAGCAAUGAAGAUCUCUUUCCAUGAUAGCCCAUACUAUCUCUAUGAAAUUUAUGCAUUACAGGUGGACUUUGAUGCAAUAAGUAACUCAUUUAUGCCUAUUAACACAGUAUAUAAUUCUUCUGACCCACAUUACUGGUGAGGAAAUUCACUGCAGGUUUCAUGGGUUAUUGCCAUAACAUUUCAUUUAUCUGUGGUGUCUGCCCAGUAUCACAGAAAUGGAAACUGAGUCUGGAAACUAUUCACUAUUUUUCCCGUGGUACACCCAGCAUCUAUGUUUGGUUUUGAAUUUAUGUGAACCAUGGACAGAUUCUGAAACUGCUUGUGUGCAAAACAGGAUGUAGUUCAGGUCAUUCUUGUACAAUCCUUUAAGCUGAUUUGUGUUGAUAGGAAAACAGCUUAGGGAGUUUUUAUUGCAAAAUUCAAUUCUGAAGUAAAUCAGCCACUAGCAUAAAGUGUCACAACCCCUCCAUUACCAAUGUCACUUUUGGUGGUCCUUGCCCAUCCCCUGCUCUGUUGGCAGGGAUCAGCAGUGCUGUAUUUUAGGUACUGAUGGAGCCCUCGAUGCUGUUACUGUGUCCAGGCAGCCAUAAAUGCAUUUGUUCUUGCAGCAGUUUUGUGAGGCAGAGAAAUGCUGUUAGCCCUGUUUGACAGGUGCCUGUGCACAGCCAGCCUGCUAGGACAGCGAGCUGAAACGGGCUGUGUGCUGAGCACUUCCCUUCUUAAGAAGGAUUUCAGUGUGUGACCCAUAUCUGGGGGCAUACAUGGAAUUUUCUCUUGGCUUUGCAGCUGGCUUUUAAGACCAUGAGCUGGAAGAAGUGCAAGAAGGCAGAAAGCAGAUUUCAAGAGGACACUACUAACCUGUGCCUGCAGUGAGUUUGGCGUGGGAUGUCUCCGCUUCGUUCUCCCAUUCUGUCUUUGUUGAUGAUGUUUAAAUGUAUUUGUUUUCCUUUUCUGUCUUUAAGUACUAUUUUUUAAGUCUUCCAUGAAAGGUUUAUAAGACAUGUUACAGUCACCUGGGGAGGCUGGAGUUGGUCCAAAGAACAAAUAGAUGUUUAGACAAGUUUUUAUUAAUAAAUGUGUGAAUGCGUUGUACAUGAAGCUGUAACUAGGCAACUUUUUCAGUCUUACCUGCUUACCUCCAAGUCUGAAAAGUGUGGAAUGAGCACUUCCGAAAGCAUUGUAACAAAAGAAAAAAUUCUUGAAUGGGAAAUUGUAAAAAUAAUAAAUAAGCAAGUGAUGUAUGAAGAGCUUGGUUCUGCAGCUCCAGAAAGUGUCAUCACCUGCAGCUCACUGUCCUGGGAUGAUUUUCUGGAAAGCACCUACAGAGGCACUUUGCUUUAAGCAGAGGCAGAACAUGUCUGAGUAGAUCCCUGACCAGAGGUUUUCUCUUAAAUCAAUCCAUAUGGCAAUAAGAAGCAUUUUAUUGAUAAAACCAAGAAGCUGGGCAGGAAUGAAGGUGAGUUUCUUUAGGCAGGCUCUGGCAAUUUGCUGAAGAAGCUGUUGGGUCUUUCUCUUACAGUAUUUCGCCUCAUCCACCUUCUUUACUUCAACAAAUGGCUUCAGCUUGGUGGACAGUGUGAGAAGUCCCAAUGAGUUAUCAGGGCAUGAGUGGCAUAAAAAUUCAGAUGUUUCUUAUGCUAACAGUAGGGAAUAACACAGUACCUCAGUAGCCAGUGUGCUGACUUGGUAAACAGUGUAGUUUCAUCAUGACCAACGAGUGUGUACAACUGAAGAUGAGUUGGUUUUGUUAUUCCCUUGGUGGCAGAACUGCUGUUUCCUGCCAGCCUCGGUACUUACACAGAAGCAGCCUGUGUGUGUUGAAAUGUGCAGUAUGUGAGAAGUGGUUGUUGUGCAUCUGUGGCACCCACUUUGCAGCACUUUGCACUCAGAUUCAGCUAAACCUGGUUAGACUGUGCUGUCCGCUGACUUUUAAAUUUCAUUUUGGAAAUUUUGAGCAUGUUGUGCAAAGGCAGCAAUCAUCCAAAAUAAAUUUGGGUGGAGUCCUUUAUUAUAUGUGUCUUACUGUUUUUAUUCUUACUUGACUAACAUCAAUACAGGAUCACAUUGUGGGUGUCCUGUUGUUUCUAACUGCUGUGAUUUUAUAGUUAAUGAGUUCAAACCCUGAGAAAGGUUCAUAAUGAGAAUGGUGGCACAGCCUUAACUUUAGUGGUGUGGAUGCUGCUACUGUAUAGCAUGCAGUUAUGACAUUAGACUGUCUGAAAAAUAUUGUUCAAUAAAGAAUUAAUAAGGUAUAAUUUAGAUAUAAUUUUAAAAGCACUCUAACCUCUUCACCAAUUAACUCCUGUAAGGUCUAUGCUGUUUAAACUGGCAAAUUGCUGUUAAAACCAAAAUGUGCAUUAAACACAAUUGCAGCCUUGA